UCGGAGCCAUGGCAGUGGCAAAUUCAAGCCCUGUGAACCCCGUGGUGUUCUUUGAUGUUAGCAUUGGCGGCCAGGAAGUUGGCCGCAUGAAGAUCGAGCUAUUUGCAGACGUUGUGCCUAAAACGGCCGAGAACUUUCGGCAGUUCUGCACUGGAGAAUUCAGAAAAGAUGGGGUUCCGAUAGGAUACAAAGGGAGCACUUUCCACAGGGUCAUAAAGGAUUUCAUGAUUCAGGGUGGAGAUUUUGUUAACGGAGAUGGUACUGGAGUCGCCAGUAUCUACCGGGGGCCAUUUGCAGAUGAAAAUUUUAAACUUAGACACUCAGCUCCAGGCCUGCUUUCCAUGGCAAACAGUGGUCCUAGUACAAAUGGCUGUCAGUUCUUUAUCACCUGCUCUAAGUGCGAUUGGCUCGAUGGGAAGCAUGUGGUAUUUGGAAAAAUCAUUGAUGGACUCCUAGUGAUGAGAAAGAUUGAGAAUGUUCCCACAGGCCCCAACAAUAAGCCCAAGCUGCCUGUGGUGAUCUCACAAUGUGGGGAGAUGUAGUCCAGACCAAGACUGAAUCAGCUCUGGACUGUCUGAAGUGCUGGGUGUUUAAAUUUGGCUCCAUCGGAAGCCCAAAACUGACUGGCAAACUAUUCCGUCGCCAACUGAUAGACGCUUAAUAGAGAAUGAAUGAUACAACCCUCCACUGCUAAAUUUGACUGGCUUAAGGAAAAGAAAGAACCAAAACGAAUAUAGGUGGAUGAAGGACUUCAGCAACAUCAGGUGGCAGCGUCAAUUUUAUCGUUUGUGAAACGUGGAUAGUAAUCCCUAGUUCACGUGGCU